AUGGCGAAGACAGCCGAAGCUGAUGUUGAAAAAAUGAAAAUAUUGGAGGAAAGGAUCAAAGCGCCAUCAAUUUGGGGCCGGGUUCCUUGCGGGAUUAGGUUCGAAGAUUUACAGGACAGGAGAUAUGAAGACGCCGUGAAACUGCUGAAGAAACAUUAUCUGCCCGAAGAGGUAACGUACAGAUCAGUUAAAUUAUCCGAAGACAGGGAGGGCACCGAUGAGUUCACACACAAUUUGAGGAUCUGGAUGAAGGAUAAGAUGUCUAUAGCCGCCGUCAAGGAGGGAACGGACCAGCUCGUCGGAAUACUCAUCAUGAGGAUACAAGAGAAAUGUGCAUUUUCGCGUACGUUCAGCCGCAUAAAGAUAACUCACAACGAGCUCUACACAUCAGUAAUGAAAUUUUACAACGAAGUUGAGAAGCCGGUGUGUAUUUACGAAGCGCUCGGCGUGCGGAGAUACUUCAAGAUUUAUAUAGUCGCUUUGAAGAAUCGUUACAGGCACAGAGGUAUAGCAAAAGAACUGAUAAAAGCCGCGAUAGCAUUGAGCGCGAGUGCUAAUGUACCUGCUGUAUCAGGAAUAUUCACAACGGGAAGGCUGCAACAGAUAGCCGAUGAAUUAGGCUUCAAGAAACUAAAUGAAAUUUAUUAUAUCAGAUAUUUGGUUGACAAUCAGAUGGUUUUCUGCGAUACCGGCGAAGGGAAUUAUGGUGCUGCUCUAAUGGUAUACAGGAUACCGGACGUUGAAGAACCCCAAGAGUUACACACUCAGCAUUCAUCCCGAUUUAAUAUCCAACCUAUUGGCGAUGAUGAUGACGAGCAAGAUGAUUAA